AUGCCGGAGCAUCAACAGCAACAAGAUCCGAUGGAUGAAGAUCGUGGCGAGCACAUGGAAGAGGAGUUCAUAGACGAGGCAGAUGCAGAAGAAAUAGUCCAGGUCGACGAUGACCACCCGAUGGAAGAUGAAGACGAGGAGCUACUGCUUGAGAACGACUCCUCCGCACACUUCGACAAGCAUACAGACUCGAUAUUCUGCAUAGCGCAGCACCCAAUCCACCCUGAAAUCAUAGUUACUGGUUCCGGAGAUGAUACCGCAUACAUAUUUGACUCCAGCCAGACUGCUGCUGAGAAACCGCUACUGCCUAAGAGCUACGAGACCACGCCACAGCAGAAGAAAGAGAGAGAAUCACUCCCCGCCAUUGCGCAUCUAGAUGGACACAAGGACUCGGUGAACGCGGUAUGCUUCACUGCACCGAAUGGUGAAUACGCGGUCACCGCGGGCCUGGAUGGGAAGUUACGUGCCUGGAAAGAUACGAGUGAGAACCUGGCGGGCAGGGCAUGGCAGUUCCUGGCUGAGUCGCAGGAAGUCGAGGAGAUUAACUGGAUCGCUACUUGUCCGUCAAAUAAGUCUGGUGAUAACGAGCAGACGAAGAACGUGGUUGCGAUCGGUGCCAGUGAUGGCAGUGUCUGGGUUUACCGUGUGGAUGCGAGCGAGGAGGCUGCGGAGCCGUUGACGAUAGUGGCUACUUAUUUCCAGCAUACGGCGCCUUGUACGGCUGGCGCAUGGACUCCGGACGGACAAUUGUUGGCUACGGUGUCUGAGGAAGGUAGCUUUUACGUUUAUGACGUCUUUGGGGCUGCGGCGGCUGCUGGAGUUACUGCUUCUGCUGGCACGCAGUCCGUCGUUGCGCUGACGGUGCAGGACCAAAGGUUCGCUGUGGAAGGGGGAUUAUAUUCCGUUGCUAUCUCGCCUUCGGGGUCAUUCGCUGUCGUCGGCGGUGCAGAAGGCCAUAUCAAAGUUGUCGGACUUCCUCGUUUGACUGAUACCUCUGCAAAGUCCAAGGCUAAGGGUAAGGGGGGUGCUGGCGCAUCUGGUGGCGCUGGAGCUGGCACGCUUCUUGCAUCUCUCCAAGCUCAGUCAGAUGGCAUUGAGUCUCUGUCUUUCUCCUCUCCUCCGCUGAACCUCCUUGCAGCAGGAUCAGUCGAUGGUUCCAUUGCCCUGUUUGAUGUUGCGCAUAGAUUUGCUGUUAGACGGCAUAUCCGUGGAGCUCAUGAGGAAACAGCCGUGGUGAAGGUUGAGUUUGUUCACUGUGAGACCAACACCGCCUCUGCCGGUACAUCAUCAGGCAGGCCAUGGUUGCUCACCUCAGUCGGUAUGGAUGGCGUGGUAAGACGAUGGGAUACCCGAGGUGGGACUGUGGCUGCAGGCCAUGGACUGUUGAAAGAAUGGAGAGGCCAUGUUGGUGUGUCGGAAAACGAAGAGGGAGAGCAGUCUGGUGGCAUAUUGGGCUUCAUACAGGGUGAUAAGGAAGGCGGACGGAUAGUCACCGCCGGUGAUGAUGGUAUAGCUCUUGUAUUUGAAGAGUAG